AUGGACUCGCACGCACAGAUAGCAAGGCUUGUCCGUCAGUAUUCCGCCGCGCACACUCAAGCAGAAUACGGAAAAGCUUGUCUGAACUUUGAGGCUCUCACUACAGAAGCUUGCAACUUACUCAUCAGAGUAGACCGAUCGCAGUUGCAGACACUAUCAGAUCAUCUUAUGCAAGACAUGUUUACUGCAGUACAAGACACGUUGAAGCUAUUGGCUGGCACUUCGCUACAAUCAAAGUCACAGCGUCAACGUUUUUUGGCAGCUGCUGAAAAACUGUGUGAUGUGCUCUGGGUGUUGAGAAAACCUGGCGACGAUGAUAAUAUUUCUGGUCUGCGAUAUACUUUGAUCCGAAGAUUAGCCGCGUUACAUGAAAAUGACAAGACAAUCCACAACUGCUGGGCGUUACUCAAAGAUCUUUUUCAACAGUUGCGCACUGAGAACUUUGAUCUAUCUCAAGUAGAGAAAAUUUGUGGCGAACGACGAGGAGAUAAACUUUUUGUGACGAUGGUUAUUGGAUUGGUUUUGAAUUUGAUCAGCGCGCUGAUAGCAAGUCCAGAUAGAAGGGAAAUUCUGGUGGACGGUUAUCUACAGGUAUCAAACAUCAUGCAGCCUGUCCUCAAACUUGUUCUUGCUCAGUCUGGGGAUUUCGCCGAUAAAUAUGUUCGCAGUUUUACAAACAGUGCCUUGAAAGCUUUCAUCGUGAUAUCAGGCUUGACUAAUUCUUCUGAGGCCAUGUAUACGCGGCAGAAAUUUGUUCAAGUCAUACUCUUUUGUCUGGAAAACUCUACCUUUAACAAAGAAUAUUUGCUCCAAGUUUCGACGAAACUUGUAUGCUAUAGUAGCGCCAAGGAUAUCUCAAGAGAAACUUUGACGCGUAUGCAAGCGCUUAUGACGCAAGACAUGCUCUUUUCAAUUUAUAAGCAGCUUAUGCAGCAAGCGGUUAAAACAGAUACUCAAGCUGAGGCCCUCCGACUUCUUGAUACGAUGUUGCCAAGUGCUGUUGAACCUUGGCUUCUUGUGACCCUAAAAACUGCACUUCAUUUUACUCUGCGGUCCAAUCAGAAUGUUUUGUCGCGCGAACUGGCGUGCGCAAAUGUUGAGCUUUCACGAGCAUUAGAAUUGGACCACCCUCAGUAUUUGUUUCACACAUUUUGUUUACUUGCACGAGAAGUCCAACGCUUUGCAUAUGAUGCAGGUGCUGCAGACUUGAAUUGCACCGCAGACUUCUUAUGCCAAAUACGACAGUUCGCUAUAAUCGGAGCGCAGCUUGCAGAGUAUAGCCUGAAAAUUGAUACAACACCCCAUGCUUUCUGUGCUGCAUUGCCAAGUCUAUGCUUAUCAAACGCUCUGCUUGCCAUUCAGCUCGAGACGAAUAACUUGGAACACAAGUUCACACACGAUUCGAUUGCGAUGCACACCUUGAGUCAACUCGUGCUUUUGAAUGGCUUCAAUACUUUAGCCACACGUAGAUCUAUCCACACGCUUGCACAGAAGUGCGCCGAGACAGGACACCAAGAAGCCGCAGAGGCACUUUACAGGACAACUUUGCGGUGUUGCGAUCAUUUGGGUGGUUUCGAAGCAAAUGAAGUCAACACAAGCGGCGAAAGACAUGGUCGAAUCAAAACUCUAUUCCACCACUUGCACAAAACGUCAAAAGAAAAUGCUGUCAAACUCUUGUUAAGUGAAUCGCAUCACUACGGAACGUCUGAAAUGCCUUUCAAAGCAAUAUUGGUACUUUAUGCCGAAAUCUCAACCAGCUUUGCAGGAAACAAGGAAACAUUCAAACCUUUCAUUCCCCAAUUAGUAGAGCGUGAGAAAACUGUCGAGAUAUUGAUCAGAAUUAUUGAGGAAUGUCUAUUUUGGGACAGUUCAAAUAUUUCCAUGUGUUUGAGGCAUCAGUUGAAAAGCGCAUUGUUCACAUUCGCAAUCGAAGUGCUCAGUGAUUGGCAAAAGUUGCGAAUUAAUUAUAGCUCAGCGCAUAUCGCAGCUGUUUCUGAUCUUCUCCAAGUUAUGUUCCCUCCUGUGUCGCAUGGAUCUGGACAGUGUCGUACCCGCGCAUGUGCGGUGUGUGGACAGUCGGGAAUAAUACAAGUGUAUCAUGAUGUCUUACUGAAAGUUGCGCGCGCAAUUGAUGCUGAAUACUUGCGCCUAGCGGUUUCAAUUGAGUUCGCAUGUCGUACUGCGUUAGCUUUGAUCAGCAUCAACGAAAGCGGAGCUUUUAAACAUGCACAAAUGUUUAUCCAGGAAGAAAUCAGUUUGCACGAGUUGGAAAAAUUUUGUCGCGUGUUUGAAGAGCACUUGAAUGCAAAAAGUUCAGACGGUGUUCGACGCAUGUUCGAAGCUAUACAAGACAUUUGCGAGAAGUUGAAUACCUUAGGUUCUACUCAUUUAUCAAACAGGCUAAGACAUUUCAUUUGUCCGGAGACAACAAGCCAUGUUGCUGCUAUUCUUCUGGCACCAAUUCCGGCGCCAUGUCUACUACUAUCGCUUCAUAGACAUCGUCCGUGGCAGAGACGCAUAUCCAAAACGUGUAGCGCUCAUCAGGGGAGAUCCAAACUUCUUCUAGCAGGUGUUGCUGCAGAAAGAGGACAUAUUAGCGAGGCAUUCUCUUAUGUGGAAAUUGCUCUUUCUUCCCUGCGAAAUUGCCUCAGCUCCUACCAUGACUCGGUGAAAGAGGUAACUGGAGAAGCAAGUAUAUGUGAUCCAAAAGUUUCCUACUUUUUUGUGGUCGGGACUUACAUAUCAGCGCUCUGCACGAAAGCAACUAUCUGCGCUGAGAUAGGCAUGGUGUCUUCCAGCCUGCACGCAUUUGAUGAAGCUUUGAAAUUAUCUCGCCGAGUAUGCUCGCAUGCGUUGCAAGGAGCUGUACACUUACGCAAGGCGGGUACUUAUCAACGACUUGGAAGGUUGACAGAAGCUAGAGAUGAGCUUUUGACUUAUCAUGAGGUUAUCGAUGGAGCCCUUUUCCGAAGAACGCAAGAAAGUAUCUUCGAUACCAGGAUGGACGUGUAUGCGAAGGUUUUAUCUUCAAUCAUAGAGUGCUCGUGUUGUGAAAACGAGCAUAAGUCCGAGUUUCGUGGUACGAACAUAUCACGAGUUAGAGAAACCAUAGCCGAAAUAUCUGCCGUUGUGCAUAGAAGGGCAGAGUCACGUGGGUGUCAGGUGAAUGCGCAUGUUGACCAUUUACAACACUCACUUUGUGCCUCGUUGUUGGGUCCUUUUCGCUCAAUUUAUGCGAGGCUAUUAUAUCUUGGAGUUCUAACACCUUCGGACGAUCCAGAUACAGAUACAUCAUUUUCACUCCUGGGGGCUCUGUUGAAAGAUUGUCGGAAUUAUGAGCCAAUUUUGGUUGCUCUCUCACUUUCAUGUGAACUGAAGCUUGACUUUUCAAUAGUCCUUCCACUUGAUAUGCCUCGCCCGGGCUUGGAUUCACGCUCUCCCGCAGUGUGCAUGUCCAUAGAAAUGAGAAACAAAGUAAUGGAGCUGUUAUGGCGAUGUCGUGACACUCCUAUCAUCCUUUGGGAACUACAGUCGAGACUUCUGUCGUUGAUGAUUUCUGAUCACACACAAAGUCCCUGUAAAGUAGCAAGCGGAUUACAAACUUGCUACGGAGCAGUCACAAGGAGUCAGUAUCUAGCUUUACUGACGCUCAAAACCGUCAAGUGGCUACAGUGCGACGAGGCUUUCGUUCGGAAGAUGAGAAAGAUGAAAUGCGAUCAAUUUCCUCAGUUUGCGUCUGCAGUCCAGUGUCUUCAAGUAUCUCGUGAAGAAAUCGCUGAACUUGCUGGUGUAGACAAUGCCUUGGGAGAAAAAUGUCGACAGACAGCGAUCACGGGUUCACCGGUGCUGACAAUAGGGAUAGUGAAGUGCACUCACACCGACAACGAUAAUCGCCGCGACAAACUGAUCAUCUCCAGAGUAAGUGGCGUCGACGGAUCUGCGCUUUGUGUUCAAAUCGCCAACCCAUUUCUUAGCGAAAUAUUUCAUAACUUUUCACGGAUCAUCAAAGAACAGAAAAAUCUACCUACUUCGGUGGACAGCAGAAGUUCAAAAAUUGUCUGGUGGGAAAAGCGACUUCAACUUGAUGCUAGCCUCCGCAAGAUACUUUCUCAACUUGACAUAGACGUACUUGGUGCGUGGAGGGUUCUAUUACUUGGUGAUUUAGUGCUGCAGCAACAACAACAACUUCGAGAUUUAUACGAUGAACUCAUGUCUAGACUUCGGAUUCUUGCAUCAAAGCUAGAUUUACAGCUUGUUGCAUCAGCUUCGCAGCUGCUCCGGCUACUUAUCCAUGGCUUAGAUUGCAUGACAGACGACGAGUUCAGGCUCGCACUUUCGUCUCUUCUGUUGAAUCCAUGCGAACAUAAAUCAGCUCCAGUGUGCCUAGUUUUAUCUUCUGAUAAACAAAGCGUGUUACAGAAAAUAUCCACGUGCGAACAUGUUGCUGACAUGGUCACUUUUGCGCGGAAAUAUCUGGCUGAACUGAAGAGAACUACUUCUCUGACAAAUGCUGGUUGCUUUUUGCAGCGGAGUGCUGUCAUUGUUUCACUUGACGAUGUCACGCGACAUUUCACCUGGGAAUCUCUUGAUUCUUUAAAUAAUCAGCGCAUAUAUAGAACGCCCUCAGUUGCUAUCGCUCAAAGUAUCGCUGAUUUCCAGAGCAACACAAGACAUGCAAAGAAUAUUAGUAGUACUUUUUUUGUUUUGAAUCCGACUGGCGAUCUACUCGGCACACAGCAACAGCUUGAACCUUUGCUGACAAAAGCAGGGUGGGAUGGUGUCAGCGGAACGUCGCCUACCGCAAGUGAAUUGAUCCAAUCACUCCAGAGCUUUGAUUUCUACCUUUAUUUCGGUCAUGGUGGAGGACAAGAUAUUUUGAAGACGGGCUCCUUCCAGGAUGCUUCAAUUUGUACUGCAACGGUAUUAAUGGGCUGUUCGAGUGGUGUAUAUGAUAUUAUGGAGUGUUCAUCACUAUCUAGUAUCUCUAUGCUAUAUCUACUUGCUGGCGCUCCCAUCGUGAUAGCUAAUAUGUGGGACGUCACUGAUCGCGACAUUGAUAGGUUCUCUUCGCGAUUGCUAGAGCAGUGGUUAUCGUACUCUAUGAACGAAUCUCCGGAGUUCCAAUGUGCGAGUGAUGCUGUACGAGUUGCACGAUACGCGUGUCAGCUAAAGUACCUUGUUGGAGCGGCACCCAUAAUUUACGGAGUACCCACAUCGAUAUGUCGAACACAGGAACUGAAGUACCGAUGUUGA